UGUGACCAGUACAAGAAAGGAAUAAUUUCUGGCUCCACGUGCAAAGAUCUGUGUGAGGAGCGCAGCCUCCUCUUCCAGCACUGCCUCUCCUCCUCUCCAACCCAGCAGGUUUACAGUGGGCUCUGGAGGGAGAGGGAGGUGAUCAUCAAAUGUGGGAUCGAAGAAGCCUUGAAGGCAGACAGCCACCCAGACUCUGUGCCCAGGAGGGACGUGGUCCUCUUUGACAAACCGACACGAGGCACAUCGAUGGAUGAGUUCAAAGAAAUGCUUCUGAACUUCCUAAAGUCCAACUUGGGAGACCAGCCUUCUCUUGCAGCCUUGGUGAGCCGGAUCAUUGCCAUGGCAGAUGUGAACCGGGAUGGGAAAGUGUCUUUAGCAGAGGCCAAAUCCAUCUGGGCGCUACUUCAGCUCAAUGAGUUUCUUCUCAUGCUCUCCUUGCACGAGAAAGAGCAUACUUCCAAACUGCUGGGGCACUGCGGGGACCUCUACGUCACUGAGAAGAUCCCCCACACCUCCCUCUACGGAGUGGAUGUCCCCCCCUUCCUCCAGUCGCUUCUGCCUUCAGUCGUCCACCAAAUCAUCCACCAGUGGUUUGCACCAGCGUGGCCCCGGAGGGCAAAGAUCGCCAUCGGCCUUCUGGAGUUCGUGGAGGAGAUAUUCCACGGGACCUAUGGGAACUUCUACAUCUGCGAGACCAGCUUUAAGAACGUGGGCUACAACGACAAGUAUGACUUCAAAAUGGUCAACCUGAGGAAGGUGGCAACGGAGAUGACAAUCAGAGGUUUCCUCAAGGGACGUCACUGUGAGCAGAACAUGGACUGCACCUACGGGAAGGACUGUAUGGCGACGUGCGACAAACUCAUGAAGCAAUGCAAAAGUGACGUGGUGCAGCCCAACCUGGCGAAGGUCUGCGGGUUGCUGCAGGACUACCUGCUGUACGGAGCACCGCCGGAGCUGAAAGAAGAGCUGCAGAAGCAGCUCCGAACUUGCAUGACCCUCAGUGGCCUGGCCAGCCAGAUGGAAGUGCACCACUCCCUCGUGCUGAACAACCUCAAGACCUUGCUCUGGAAGAAGAUUUCAAACACCAAAUAUUCCUAACGGGGGAAUCAUGGCCCUGGAAUUUAGAACCUGCAAUCUUGGAGUAAAGUCCAAGGGUCAAAGGCCUGUUUCUCCAUCGUCUCCCCCACAGGAAAAAUACACCCUGCAGAGGGAGUUCAGCAUAGCUGCAGCCCCUUCUCCUUCAUGGAAAACCAACCAUCAUGACUUCCACCGCCCAGCAGGAUCAUCGAUACAGUCAGCAAGAGCGUGCUGCAGAGCUGGGACACCAGGAGCCGGGCUGAACGGGCUUGGGGGAAGAAGAUGGCACAGGAAAGCGAUAAGGAAGCGGAGCCCAGCUGGAUGCAUCUAACUGUUUCUUGAUGAACAGGAAAGCAGUGCAGAGAGACGAGAAUGAAUCAUUCAUGCUGUACUUGUCACCUCUUCUUUUGAUGAACGUCUCCGAUGUAAAUAAAUAGCUUUU